GCAGCCUGCAAACCCAGGGCUCUGCAGCCUGGGGCUGGGGCUGCCCUGUGCCAGCGUGGCCAAAGCCUCUCAGGGCUCUGGGCACAGCAGGGGCCACAAGGCCACGAUCCAGGGGCUGCUCCGAGCCAGUUCCUGGCUGCUCCACUGCUCGUGGGGUGCCGGGGGUGGCCCUUUGUGACAUCAAGGCCGUUUGUGACCUUGAUGUCAUGGCCCUUUGUGACGUGGGACAUGGUGGUGGCCAGAGACCAUUGUGACAUCAGAGAGCCCCACCCUUCACUGGGGGUAUAUAAGGGGCGCAGAGCCCUGGAGUGCUCAGUCCCAGGAGCGCCGCUCUGUGAGGAGGAGGAGGAAGCAGCUCCCAGGAUCUGUCUGCGCUGGACGCCGCUAGAGACAGACAGCGACAGUGACAAGGACAAAGGUAGCUCCAAGCCCAGGUGUCCCAGUUCCUUGCCCAGCUGGCUGGAAGCCCCCAGCAGGCAGCGGUCAGGGGCAGUGUCAGGUGAGUCCUGCCAGUGUCACAGACUGAGGAGGAGGAGAGGCCCUUUGCCGAAAUGGACCGUGAGCUUACCUGCUGGGAAGGCCGUGAUGAGGAGGAGCUUUUCCCAUUGGAAGGCCACAGCAAAGAGGAGCUUUCUCAAUGGGAAGAUGUGAUUGUGACUGAGGCAUGCAAACAGCACGUUGUGACAGCCCAAAAACUUUGCCGGUGGGAGGCCAGGAGGAGCCAAGAGCUGCACCAAUUGGAGCUGUGUGUGCGAGUUCAAGAGAUUUGCCAGUGCCCCGAUGAGACCCAUGAAGAGCUGCACAAACGCAAAGAAAGUGUCAGAAUCCAGGAGCUGUACGAAUGGGAAGAAGAUGGACAGAUAGUCCAAGAGGUUCACGAGUGGGAAGACAGUGACAGCGUGGAGUUAGCCCGAUGGGACAGCGAUGACAGUGAGGUCAUGGGGGAGGACCGUGAAGUCGAGAGUGACGAUGACAUCCGCACGGAGCCCUUUCCCUCAGAGGAGGACGAGUGGGACGAGGUGAGCGUCCUGGAGCUGCCACCGGAAGCAAACAAAGCAGCGAGCCAGUUGAGAGAUUUUGUGGCAGAGGGGCUCCCAGUGCCUGUCCCUCGAGAGGCCUGGGUUGAGGAGCAGGAAGCGGAGCCGUGCAGCCCAGGGCCGCUCCGUGCCUCGUCUGCCUCACUGCAAGGCCAAGCCCCCGUGGGACACGCGGCUUCUCCCGCCCAGCCCCUCCAUGGGCAGCCGUGUGCCCCCAGCAAACGUCCCUCCCGCUUCAGGCGGGCGCUGAGGGCGCUGCGGGGGCUAUUCUGCUGUCCCUGCCUGAGGCCACUGCCGAGGACUGAGGGAGAUGAGGAGCAGCUCCAUGCAGCAGGAGGCUCAGCCCUGGGGGCUCUGUGGCUCUGCCCUCCUGUCCAGGCACACAAAGCAGCUCGGAUGGAGUCUCUGGCUGUGCUUUCCCUGCCCGGCUUGGCUCCCCCAGGCUGGGGCUGAAACGGGACAGCCCCGCUCCCACCGGUCCCGCUGCUCUGGUGUCGCAGCAGCAGCUGCUCGGGGCUGCGCUGGGGGAUGGAGAAGAAAGCAAGGACGAAGACGAUGAAGCAUAUGAAGACGACAAUGACUGCAAAGCAGAUGAAGACGAAGACAAUGGAGAAGACAAAGACAAAGGCGAAGAAAAUGACGACAAAGCAGAUGAAGACGAACACGAGGAAUAUGAAGAUUAAGAAUAUGGAGAAGACAAAAAAGAAGAAUUUCAAAAUACAUAUCAGAAGAGUAGCUAUUUGGACUUAAAAAUAGAAGAAUAGUCAUGAGAAUUAAGAAUUCGUCAAAGAGAAGAAUUGGAAUUUGAAUAGGCAUGGAAAGAGGAAUAGGAAUUGGCAUAGGAAUAGGAAUAGGAAUAGGAAUAGGAAUUAGAAACACAUUGAAGAAAGGGAGUAGAAAAGUUAGAAUAUAAAAUAAUGAGAAGUAGUUAGAAUAGCAAGGAUGAGGAUUUAGAAAUGACAAUAAGAAGAAUUUUAGAAUACAGAAUUGAAAAUAAAAUUGAAUGGAUAAAAAAAAGCUCGC